UCUCGCAGAAAUAGUACAAUAUUUAAUGGUACAGUAACAACAAACGUGAAAGCGUUUGAGAAUGUCACCACAAUAUAGUAUCAAGGUAGCCAUAAAAAAAUGGCAUCCAUCAUUCUUGCCCAAGGAACAAGCAAACUGUUCCCAUUUACACCUAAAUAAUGCUACGUUCUCUUAAACUCUGGCCUUUUUCCGGUAGUUCUUGAUCAGAGUGAUUCACCAAACGAAGUUAAACAAAAAGGGGACUUAAAAAUUGCAUUUUCUAACAAAGAUUUUCUCCUACAUCGCCAACACCAAAAUUUAGAAACAUGUCCUCCAAAUGCGUAAUGAAUUGCAAGGGAUUCAAUCAAUUGUUUGCCUUCCCUGAAGAUGAUAAGGAGUUGAAACGAUGGUGUGAUGUUUUAGAAUUGGAUAAAUUAGAGACCCAUGACAGGUUAUGUGACUUGCAUUUUGAUGCUAAGUACAUAGGUAUUCGGGGUUUAAGAAACGAUGCAUUUCCAGAGUCUCCUAAAACAAAGAAAAGAAAACGGCCCAAUGCUAUUGGAAGUUUAGGAAUAAUUGAUGUGUCUCCCGACAACGAUGCCACUGGGUUUGAAACUAUUUAUAUAGCAACAAAUCAACAAACACCCAAAAAAAUACCUACAAUAAAAUGUUACGAGAGGAAAACUCAUAGCCAACGCGGAGUUACAGAAGAACUAAAAGUUGAAGAGAAAAAAACGCAUGAGAAAGCAAAAGUAAUAAGAGAAUCGGCAAAAGCUAACGAGCUACUUGCUACAUAUAAGCCAGGUUUUGAGCCUGUCAAAAGUACAUUUCAAUCACCACCAAAACGAACCUACUCUCAUGCGGGUGGAAAGGCCAAAACGCCAAAACUUGAUAUAACAAUGACCUGCUACUGUCGCUGCCACAACCGAGAAGGAGACGAAAAAUAUUAUGAACUUCUGAAGACCAUAGAAAAUCUGAAAAAAACCGAAGAAGAGCAAAAUCGACAAAUAAAUAUGCUAACAUCACAAAAUAAACUCAGCGAACACUUAUUAAAAACUAAAACAAAGCGUCUCACCGAAUUGGCUGAGACGGAAGUAGUCCUUAGAAAGGAAUUGGAAACGUUACAGCGUAUUGUUAACGUUAUAAGCAAAAGAGAAAUAACCGCUGCUCCAACAGCUAGUGAGAAUAGUAUAACGUUUGCUCGCAUGGCCUGUGCAAGACGAAAAAAGUAUACGCGAAGUGAGAUCUUGUUAGCCCAAAAAAUAUAUUCCGUCUCAAAUCGUUGCUACAAUUUCAUGAGAGGCGUUCUGUUACUCAAUCUUCCGCAUACUUCCACAAUACUGCGACAACGUAAACUCAAAGAUAUAGUAAAUAAUCAAGGCGAUGUAAUCGAAGAGGUACAACAUGACUAUGGAAUUAAACAGGAAGAGGACUAUGAACAUGAUCUAAUAGCUAUGGAUGAAGACGACAGUGGGUCUUGUAUAAUAAAUGCGUUUGUAUAAAAAUGUAUAACUUUGAGAAACGUUGACUUAUUAUAAGCUUUCUAAGGGUAGGUUAGUUUAAUACUUUACGAUUGACUUGUAAACUUUUUUAAAUAACUCUUAAAUCACAUGAGACAGCUUUUUUCCUACAAAUAUAGAUGUAAUUUUUUUAAAAGUUA